CAGUCUGUGGGUGGCAUCCUUCUGUCUCUAGUACACACUGGCACAGUAGUACUCUUACCUGGCUGGCAUUUGACUGCAACGGCCCAUCUUAUUCCUACACUGAACAGGUUCCAGACCAUGGUCCGCCACACCGGCUGCAGCAUGAGUGCCCUCCCCAGUGUCAGUGCAGAGAGCCAGCUGUCUACCCCCUGGGCCCCCCACUACCCAGCCACAGAUGUUUCCAUGGUAACGCCCAGCUACUCCAGCCGCCUGUGGGCGCAGGAGACGCAGCCCCAGUUCUGGACUAAGUUCCAGGUGUGGGAUUGGCUGCAGCAGACUCUGGACGUGCACCAGAUUGACGCCACCAGCAUCCCCUUCCACAACUUUGACAUCGAUGGACGCCAGCUCUGCAAUAUGAGCUUCCAGGACUUCACUCGCGCGGCAGGGCCUGUUGGGUCCAUCCUCUACCAGAGCCUGGCUGACAUCAAGUGGGGCGGCCAGUAUCCUCCAGAAAUCUUCCCAACCAUGGACAUCAAAACAGAGAUAGAUGAGUUUCCUUGUUCUCUUCUUCCCUUUAAAGAGGAAACUAGCUUCUUUCCUGCUUCAGACUUUUUCGAUAUUAAGCCUUCAUUCUCGUCUUCAGUAGCCUUGAGUUCACCUUCUCCCACUAGCCCAGACCCAAAGAGAUCACACAACCGAUCGCAUCCUGUCAAAAAACACAAUCCUAGGGGAACACACCUGUGGGAGUUCAUUCGUGACAUCCUGCUCAACCCAGAGCGCAACCCGGGCCUCAUCAAGUGGGAGGACCGCUCCGAAGGUGUGUUCCGCUUUCUGAAGUCUGAAGCGGUGGCCCAGCUCUGGGGCAAGAAGAAAAACAACAGCAGCAUGACCUACGAGAAGCUCAGCCGAGCGAUGAGGUAUUACUACAAGAGGGAGAUCCUGGAGCGUGUGGAUGGCCGCAGGCUGGUGUACAAAUUUGGCAGGAAUGCGCAGGGUUGGAGGGAGUCGGAGAAGUGAAGAAAUGUGAAGGUCACCUUGACACAUUUUUGAACCACCAAGUAAACACAUUGCCUUAUUUAUGCCGUUGUGACAUUUAUGUGUGUUAUGUAGAUGUGUACUCUGUGCAUUGUUUGUACAUUUUAUGACCUUUUCCUCGUUUUCUACUUUUUUAUUUGUUUAUUUAGUUAUGUCUUUGAAGGACAUUGCUGUAUGUUUGUAACAACUUUUUUUGCCGUUUUUGUAGAAAACUAUAGGAUCAUUUCAGCAACAUUAGAAAAAUGAAAGUGAGGAUGUGAUCUUUGGCAGACCAUUUUGUCUAAUUUAGCUUAGUUUCACCUUCUCAAACUGUGAAAAUGUUCAUAUAAAACAAGCAAUGUUAUAAUGGUGUUU